UCCAAACUCUGCCAGGACCUGCAGAAAGGCGAUGAGCGCGAGACCGCCUUGCUGGAGUUGUCUAAGCGAAGGGAAUCUCUGCAAGAUCUCGCGCCAAUCCUGUGGCAUUCGUUCGGCACAAUCGUGGCGCUCAUACAGGAAAUAGUGCAAAUCUACCCGCAGCUGGCGCAGCCUCCCACAUUGACCGCAACAGCGUCCAAUCGCGUCUGCAACUCGCUGGCUUUGUUGCAAUGUGUGGCUUCCCAUCCAGAGACUCGCCCUUUAUUUCUGAAGGCGCAGAUACCCUUGCUGCUGUACCCUUUCCUGAACACGUCUAGCGCAGAAAGGCCCUUCGAAUACCUUCGGCUGACCUCUCUCGGGGUUAUCGGAGCUCUGGUGAAGGUGGACGAUCAAGAUGUCAUUGUCUUUCUGCUCAACACUGAGAUCAUUCCGCUUUGUCUGAGGAUAAUGGAAAGCGGCAGCGAACUGUCCAAAACAGUUGCGACAUUUAUCGUGCAGAAGCUCCUGCUGGAUGAGUCAGGCUUGUACUACGUGUGCGACUCUGCACAUCGUUUCUAUGCAGUGGCAAACGUGCUCUCCAAGAUGGUGGGUGUUCUUGUACAGAGCCCGUCGAUCCGGUUGCUCAAGCACGUGGUUCGGUGCUACCUGCGCCUCACUGAAGAUCCUCGAGCCAGGGAGGUGCUGCGGCAAUGCCUUCCUGAGGGCCUGCAAUCGGAUCCCUCACUGAAGCGCCUGCCGCCCUCCAUCAGCCAGAGCUUAGAAGAGGAUCAGACGACCAAGCGCUGGCUUGGCCAGCUGCUGACGAAUCUAAACUAUCGGUGA